AUUGCAGCUUCCACCAUGGAAAAUGGUUCGCAGCGGAAAUGGCAGUUUGGAGGGAACGAAGAGCUGAACAGUGCGGCAAUCUCCGUCCGCGGAGCUCUCGCGAUGCUAAUGAAUAAUGUUAACAACCCAGAUGACGGUGAUCAUCAUCCGCAGCGGCCCACCAUUAUGCUGGGCUGCGGCGACCCUACUGAGUUCCGGUCAUUCUGGACUACUCAGUCGGCUGUUGACGCCGUCACAGAUGCCCUCCAGUCCUUCAAGUUCAACUCUUAUUGUCCGACGGGCGGUGUCCUUGAGGCAAGAAGGGCUAUUGCAGAGUAUCUCUCCCGUGACCUCUCGCACAAGUUACUGGCGGAGGAUGUAUAUCUCACUGGUGGAUGCACGCAAGCAAUUGAAAUCAUGGUAUCUGUUCUUGCACGACCUGGUUCCAACAUUCUGCUUCCAAGGCCUGGUUACCCUCAGUAUGAAGCCCGGGCGUCUUUCGACCACCUUGAAGUACGCCAUUACUAUCUUCUUCCCGAAAAGGGUUGGGAGGUGGAUCUUGAUGCUGUCGAAGCUCUUGUAGAUCACAACACUACUGCUAUAGUUAUCAUUAAUCCUAGCAAUCCUUGUGGAAAUGUUUUCACCUACCAGCAUUUGGAAAAGAUUGCAGAAACAGCGAAGAAACUGAGCAACUUUGUGAUUUCUGAUGAAGUUUAUGGGCAUCUAACUUUUGGCAGCAACCCUUUUGUACCUAUGGGAAAGUUUAGUUCCACCGUACCGGUCAUUACGCUUGGCUCCAUAUCGAAGACAUGGAUUGUUCCUGGCUGGAAACUUGGCUGGAUUGUGAAAAAUGAUCCUAAGGGCAUCUUUGAUAAAACUCGGAUUGUGGACAGCAUUAAGAACUAUCUGGACAUCACUACUGACCCAGCAGCCUUCAUUCAGACAAAUAUCAAUGUUGUUUGGAGAACUUCAUCUAUCUUAUCAACACUUGAAGGCAUUGAUGAUGAUAUACAGUUUUGUCUGAAGUUGGCCAAAGAGGAGUCAGUGAUUGUUCUGCCAGGGGUCACUGUUGGACUGAAAAAUUGGCUCCGCAUUACUUCUGCUGUUGAGCUUCCAGUACUUGAAGAUGGCCUUCAGAGGAUAAAAGCCUUCUACCAAAGACAUGCCAAGAAGCAAUAGGAUCUCUUCUUUUGUCUUCGUCCACUACUACAAAAAGUGA